AUGGUCUCAGUCAGGAAUCUCUUCGACAGGUCAACAAGCCAAUACGAUAACGCGCCGAGUCAUCUCCCACCGAAAGAGUGGUGGGAUGAGCUAGAGCUAGCGUUCCAGGGUUUGCAACGUUCUGCGAACUCACUGUCACUGGCUCUAGACGCGAGCCUCCAUUUUUCUGACGGCAUGACUAGCUUUAGUGUUGUCUACCCGAGAGCUUACUUCUCCCAAAUAUCAUAUAUGGUAACGAAUACUAUGGAAUUCCACUGUGGUUGUGAGGAGGCACCUCAUGAGUCUUUACUUUGCUACAAGAGUAACGAUGUCUUCAGGGCGACCCAGGUAAUGCAGUCUCAGAGAGGAGAUCUGACUCAAUGGCCGUCGAAACUGGAUGAUGGUGUUGUUCAGAUCCCACAGGGCAGUAAUGGUGAAGCUGUCGGAUAUCUCCUAUUCCAGUAA